AUGACUCCUCCACCCAGGUCCACCGAAGCUAAAAAUGACUCCACGCGCAGCAGAUUGUACCUUCAUAAACCCUUCGCUCUUCGGUAUCAAAAAAAAAAAAAAAAACUUCUCUCUUCUUCCUCUCUCCUUGCUUCUCUCACUCUCACAUCGCAUGUUCCAGUGCCUUCGUCGCUUUUCCUCGCCGGGAUGCUAGCUCAUCUCCGCCGCACCGCCGCCGCACGCGGCGGUGCCACCUCCGAACACUUCCUCGCCGUUAGGCCGUUCUGCUCCGCCGCCGCUGUUUCCUCUGUGCCGGGUUCCGACCCAACACUUUCCUCUUCUUCUGAAUCACAGAGAAAAGCAUCUAGAUGGUUGCUGUUUCUACCUGGGGCAAUCACAUUUGGCCUUGGGACUUGGCAGAUUAUUAGAAGAGAAGAAAAGAUUAAAAUGUUGGAAUAUCGAGAGAAGAGGUUGCAAAUGGAACCAUUAAAAUUCAGUAGUGAUUAUUCAUCAAAUGAGGAAUUAGAUUCUUUGGAAUUUAGAAAGGUGGCGUGCAAGGGAUAUUUUGAUGAUAAAAAUUCUAUCUAUGUGGGACCACGCUCAAGAAGUAUUUCAGGAGUCACUGAAAAUGGCUACUAUCUUAUAACACCUCUUAUGCCAGUUCCCAAUUAUCCUGACAGUGUGGCUUUUCCAAUUUUAGUCAACAGAGGGUGGGUUCCACGCAGUUGGAAAGACAAAUUUUUAGAGGCUUCACAGGAUGAAAAUUUGACAGAUGCACUUCCUUCUCCUUCUCAAGCUGAUGGAACUAGAUCUUGGUGGAGAAUUUGGUCUAAAAAGCCUUCUGUUAAUAUUGAGGAUCAGGUCCCACCUGUUACACCUGUAGAAGUUGUUGGCGUGGUUCGUGGAAGUGAGAAACCAAGCAUAUUUGUUCCAGCAAAUGAUCCCGGAUCUUCCCAGUGGUUCUAUAUUGAUGUUCCCGGCAUUGCUCGUGCUUGCGGCCUUCCAGAAAAUACUAUCUACAUUGAAGAUACUAACGAAAAUGUCAAUCCAAGUAAUCCUUACCCUGUGCCCAAGGAUGUGAAUACCUUGAUUCGAAGUUCUGUCAUGCCCGGGGACCACCUAAACUACACAUUCACAUGGUAUUCUCUUUCUGCAGCAGUUACAUUUAUGGCUUUUAAGAGGAUAAGACAGAAAAUCAAGCGGAGAUAGCAAAGCCAAUGCCUGUUUCCUUCUAUAGUUGAAAUUAACAGAAAAGUUCAUCUCUUUCCUUGGAGCAUUGUCUUCCCAAUCUUUUCUUCAUUCUCAAUUUUCAAGCAACUUUAGUGGAUAUCUUUUAUACCAGCAAAACAUGUUUAGAAUUUUGAUGUGAGGGGGUGGAAUAGUGGAUAUUUAUUAUCUAGAAGGUCAAUUUUUUGUUGGAAAAGCAAUUUAAUACUGUUGGUAGUUGUUAGUGGAUAUCAUAUGAAUAUGUUUGGAUUGUUUCCAAGGUUAGAGAGUUAUGAGUAUACUGCAAUGUUAUCCACUCACGGUUCUACUAUAUUUUAAUAAAAGAUAAUCCUUGCGGAACU